GGCGUGUGUCAGCUCCAGGAAGCGCGCAGGGACUAUGUAGCCGCCUCGCCCGCAGCCGCCGCCGCCAUGCAUUGUGGGGCAGCGGCAGCAGAUCCAAGAUGGCGGCCAGCAGGAGGCUGAUGAAGGAGCUUGAAGAAAUCCGCAAAUGUGGAAUGAAGAACUUCCGUAAUAUCCAAGUUGACGAAGCUAACUUAUUGACUUGGCAAGGGCUUAUUGUUCCUGACAAUCCACCGUAUGAUAAGGGUGCAUUCAGAAUCGAAAUCAACUUUCCAGCAGAGUAUCCAUUCAAACCUCCUAAGAUUACAUUUAAAACAAAGAUCUAUCACCCUAACAUCGAUGAAAAGGGCCAGGUUUGUCUGCCAGUAAUUAGUGCUGAAAACUGGAAGCCAGCCACCAAAACCGAUCAAGUAAUCCAGUCCCUCAUCGCACUGGUGAACGAUCCCCAACCUGAGCACCCACUUCGGGCUGACCUAGCCGAAGAAUACUCUAAGGACCGUAAAAAAUUCUGUAAGAACGCUGAAGAGUUUACAAAGAAAUAUGGUGAAAAGCGACCAGUGGACUAAGCUCUGGCACAGUUGAUGUCAGCAGUGCGCGACGGAAGAUCUGGAGCAGUGCAUUUCAGACCACCCCACAAAGCAGGACUCUCUGGAAAAUUGACAAGUGCCACCUUUCGGUGUUAACUUGUGGCUGUUACUAACUUUCUACAGUUUCUUAAUCAAAAGUGGUCUAGGCAACCUCUAAAGAAAGGAUUAAAAAUUUAAAGAUGUUCUAGUUCUGCUUUCUUUGUUUAAAAUCACUGCUUCAAUAUACUUUAAAGGAUGCCGUUUCUUUUUUUUUCCUUGUCAGAAUUUAUGAAAAAUAUCUUAGACUUAUAAUCUGCCCUUAAAAAUUCAGAAGGUUGUGGCUGUUAUUUCUUAUUUUUCCCCUUGCGGUUCUUUUUUUUUUUCCCCUUUCAUUUUUUCCUCCUUCCCCCACCCUCCAAAAGGAGAAAAACCACCAUCACAUUGAUGUCUUAGCAAAAUUAUAUUGUUGCCCUGGCAAAAAAAAAGAAAAAGAAAGAAUGUUUGGCCGUUUGCUUCUUUUAUUUCCCUCUCUUAAAUGUUGCGCUGCACUUCAUGAAACUUGAUCCCAGGUUUCUCUUACCUUCAUUUUGUAACAUAAUAGAAAUUGCCACAUGUACACUGCAAAAUAAUCAGAACCAAAAACCCAGAUCUUAUGUAAAUUUGGCUGAUGUUACCACAAUAAUGUUUAUUAAAUGGGGAACUCCAAGCUUCUGUGUGCGCGAGUGAAUUAAAAUAUGACUUUUAUGUCCUGCUUUUUGGAAAGUUUGACACAGGAUUUUCUGUAGCAAAAGAAUAGUGGAAUGUGGGUUUUUUUGUUCACUUUUCUUCUUAAUAUCUAUGCAGACUACCUGUUAGAAAGAAUGGCUGAGGACAGUGUUACCAACUAGCUUGGAAGAAUUUCAGAUGAGGGACCAAGAGGUACCAAAGUUGUUUAAAAAGAAAAAACAUGAGGCCUCCUCUGUCCCAGCCCCUUGGGGGUGGGCGUUCAGAGGGAGUGCUUCUUCAAAUCUGAAUAUUUUAAGGGGAGGAACUGAGUGCAUCUUUCCAUAAUAUUACCUCUCUGCUAUGGAACGGUCAAUGGAACUUUCCCCUCCUACUGGCUUGUCUGUUUCUGUUGCAAAUUGCAGCGUGGAAUUCCCAUUAAGCAAUAAGUGGCCAAUAGUCAGAGACAGAAGCUACUCUCCCUUCUUAGAAGAGCUUGUAUGAAAUACGCCAUUCUAGAACUAGAUGAUUUAAUCUUCCUUAUUGCUGGAAAGGAUUUAUUUGUUUUCCCUCUCUAAUCUCAGUCGUUCAUCCCACCCUUUCCAUUUGUUCUUAAUAUUUUAGGGCAUGUUAAAAAGCGAUUGAGCUGGGUGACCUCUCAGCCACUGUCUUGGAGCACCUGGUUUAAGAAAGCAUUUCUCUCCUUUCCUGGGGGUACCUUAGCAGAGAGUAGGAAGCACAUAUCAUUUCUGUUUUGCAGGAACUUGCAUUAGUGCAAACCAGAGUUUGUCAGUAGUCUUUGCCACAGCAGCCUUCCAGGGCUAGUAAGUGUCAGGGGAGCAGUAGAAUAACCUGUUUUCUAUAUAUCCUUUCUCUUUCCCUCCCUCCUUCCAACUUUGAUUUAAAAACUUAAGAAGAUUGACAGCCAAGUACCUCUGUUGAAGAGUAAAAAAAAUUUUUUUUUCUUUAUAAGUUUGGGUAUGAAGCAUCUCUGUUUUUAAGUGUUCUUAGACAAAUUCUUUGGUAGGUGAUUAAAGUAAACAAAAACUACCUUUACUUACGGACACUUGCCAUUUCCUAAGUGUGUGUGUUCAGGCUUGGUGAUCAGCACUGUCUUAUUACCAAAAUUUCCACAAUUUUUGUGUCUUCAUUUGCAGAAAGUUGGUACUGACUUUGUUUCAUUCACGCUCACGCAGAUUCAAAAAUAAACAUAAAAUGCCAAA